UUGUCAAUACAUUUCAUUGAUAAAAUAGUGUUUGUCUUGGGAUGCAGUGAUAAAGCCGAUAUAUUUUCGAAUAUCGAGUCAGUCUUCAGAACAAUGCCCGAGUUGAAAUCAGCUUUCAGAUUCAAACCACGAGCUGUUUUGAAAAUUGUGAGAAAUUUUUUUCGGAAGAAAUCUCCAAAAACCAAAGGCUACUUCAAAUUUUACACCGAGGAAGAACAAAGGUGGCUGGAUGAAUAUGCCGCAAGGCAUUCCCAAUUGUCCUCCAGGUUUGGAAUACCUUACUAUGAUUGAUCAGCUAUUAGUACAUCAGAAAGUGGAAGUUCUUGAAGCUUUAACUGGAUUCGAAACAAAAAAUAAAUUUACUGUAAAAAAUAGUUUAGGUCAGAAAGUUUAUUAUGCUGUAGAAGAUUCAGAUUGCUUAACCAGAAAUUGCUGUGGCCCACUUAGACCUUUUGAUAUGAAUAUUCUCGAUAAUUAUAGAAAUGAAAUAAUUCACCUACAUAGGCCCUUGGCUUGCGAUUCAUGUUGUUUCCCAUGUUGUUUGCAGAGUAUGGAAGUAUCAUCUCCUCCAGGAACAAUAAUUGGAACAGUAGAACAGGAAUGGAGUAUUUUCUGCCCCAGUUUUGCAAUUAAAAAUAGUUCAGGUGAUACCGUUCUCAGAAUCGAAGGGCCUCUGUGUACUUGGAGCAUCUGUGGUGACGUCGAGUUCAAAAUUAUGUCUAGCGAUGGAUCUGUCCAAGUAGGAAAAAUUUCAAAACAAUGGUCUGGAUUGGCAAGGGAAAUGUUCACUGAUACCGAUUAUUUCGGAAUCACUUUUCCAAUGGAUCUGGACGUAAGAAUGAAGGCUGUCAUGUUAGGAGCAUGCUUUUUGAUA